GCUCGAGCUCGACUACUGGCGUGGGAAGAAAAUGGUGAACUAUUGGCUGAUGAUCACCGCCGAUUUUGAGAACGUCGCCGAACUCCAGCCUCAGGGCGGCUGCGACGAUCCUUCUUUCUACUAUCUCUUCAAGUUGAAAUGCGGAAGCUGCGGUGAGCUCACCGAGAAGGAAACUUGUGUUGCUUUGGAGAGAUCGGCUCAGAUUCCUGGGAGCAAGCGGACUGCUAAUCUUGUUCAGAAGUGCAAGUUUUGUGAGAGGGAAGGAACCGUGUCCUUGGUCACUGGGAAAGGCAAACCACUCACUCAGGGACUCAGUGAAGCUAGGAAGUAUACGGGACUGAUGAUGUUCGAUUGCCGAGGUUACGAGCCUGUGGGAUUUCUAUUUCAGGGUGGAUGGACGGUUGAAACAGUAUCCUUGUUUGGAGAGACAAUGAAGAGGCUCUAACAAAACAAGACGUUUAACAAACAGCAAAUUUAUCAUUUUCAUGGAAUUAAGUCCUAGUAUCCUGCAUGGAUUUCCAGCAUGAGCAAUACUAGAUUUUUAUUGGACAACCUAUUGCUUAAUGAGGUUGCAGGCACCACAUUCGAGGACGUUGACUUGUCUGACGGGGAAUUCAUGGAGUACGACGACAAGGGGAAGUGCUCGGUCAUGAUCUCGAACCUCAAAUCCCGAUUUGUGGUUGCGAAGUGGAAAUGAUUGGUCUCCGACUUUUCUGGAUGCAUCUAUCUGCUAAUUGCAUACUACUGCUACUACUACUACUGUCUUUGGGGGUACAUAAAAACUAACUCAUGUGAAGGGGUGGGGAAUUACUGUUUACAUUCGUCAGUGGGCGUGUAAGCAGAUGUUCAUGUGAUUCUCUUGGCCAAUUGUGGUGGUUCCUCUAGGAUAUGAACCCGAAUCCAGUUUACGAAAAAUCAGUUUGCGUAAUGUUGUCGAAUUACACGAUUUCGCGAUCUUGGAUUGAGAUGUGUUGGUCAUAUCAACGAGGUGACAAUUUUGUAUGCAAUACGCCUAUCAUAUCGAGUAUCAUAUAUAUGGUG